AUUCUGUUCCCCAGUAACGUAGUCUGCAUUCUAUACGUUUUCUUUGCUAUGUGCUUCUUUUUCGAGUUUUUAUUGCAGAAAGCUGCAAACGUAAGACAAAGUACAGAGAACAGUGUAAUGAACUGUCACGCACCCAUCACUCAGCUUUCGAAUUAUAAGCAGUGUCUUUAUUUCAUUUUUAAUUGAGCUAGGUGGUUUGGUUAGAAUUUGUAGUUGUAAGGAUAGGGAACCACUCAUGUUAUUGUAAGUCCUGAGUUGUGUUACUUCAGUAAGGCUGAAGGAAUGGAAACCCUGAUCAAACCUGCCAGCUAGACCAUCCUUUGGGAAAUGGGGCCCAUGGAAACUGGGCCCUGACCCAGAGCAGCACAGGGUCCUCAGCAACAACAGCAAAUAAUUUUUAUGCCAGGGAAGGUAGUAGUUGCUCCCUGCUUACCUGUUUUCUCCUUCCACGGCUACCUGUUUUCUUCACUGCGAACCUUUUGUCCUCUCGUGGCAUCUUCUUGAUUAGACUUUCUGUUCCCUCAUAAUUUUUGCAUGCCGUGGCUCCUAAUGGCUUGGCUUCUCUCCUUGCCUCAUUUCAGCUUAGAGCUCCUACUUGUUUUUAUUUUCUUUAUUUUGCCCCAUUUCCAGUUGCAGAUUUACUUAGAGAGGGACUCCAAGGGUGGUUCAGCCAUUAAGUAUCAUCUCUACUUGGGCAAACUUUGCUCCUGGCCACAGCAGAGGCUGAUGUGUAAGGUACGGAGAAGCUACCCUUGGGCCUGGUGCCCUGGUCAGUCGUGGUCUGAGAUGUAAUGAGACCAGUUGUCAUGAGGCACAAAGCAUGGCUGCCUCAGCUUCCCCUUCAGGAACGACAGAGGCGGGACAGCUUCCUGGAGGGGGAUGUUUUGGGGGCAGGUUCUCUGGAUGGCAAGUCUAGGACAGUAGCCAAAUCUGAAGAGGGUGGGUGGGCUUAGGAGCCAAGGAGCCCGAUAUCUAUAACUUUCCAUGUGCUAAAAUGCCAUGAUGGGUUGUGGCCCUGCUUAAGAUGUGAUUAAAAGGAACCAACGUUUUUGUGGUUAGCCAUGACUGAUUGCCUGCUUCUUCCCAUCUUUUCUAGAUUCCAAAGGAAAGAUUGAACUGUUCAGUUUCCUAUGAUUCCAGAUGACCAAGAUACCAAAGACAUAUUUUGAGUCAUAUUUCAAAUUAUCGAUCCCUUUCUUAAUUUUCGUAGGAAUGCAGUACUGCCUUCUACCAGUUCAGUGCGCCAGGGACUAGAGGACCCCCACUUUUAGAGCUCUGCUGUCCCCUGCAUGCUUUUCUGAACCCAUGGCUUCUCUGAAUCUUGUCAUUGUCCUCACACGUGAGAAUCACUUUUUUUGGUCCGUUUGUUUCCUAAUUGUGCUUGCCUACACUGUUUCUCAUAUUUGACUUGAGGUAUUUGCCACUCCUUUCUCCCCUCAAUAUCUUUGCUGAGAACCGUGGAAGCAGACAAUGGCAUGGUUGGAAAGGAUGUUAGAGUUCAUCAUUUCACUAAGUGACUUCUGUAAGAUCACCCGUCUGUACAGUCUGUUCUCUUGCCCUCCAGUUGCUCUUUUUUUUUUUUCCUUUUAAGUUUAUUUAUUUAUUUUGAGAGGGAGAGAGAACGCAAGUUGGGGAGGGGCAGAGAGAGAGGGAGAGAGCAUCCCAAGCAGUCUCUGCUCGGCGUGGAGCCCAACACAUGGCUCGAUCCCACGACUGCAAGAUCACGACCUGAACCGAUAUCAAGAGUCAGAUGCCUAAUCGACUGAGCCACUCAGCAAAUGAGGCUAGGAUGGAGUGUCCAGAUUUGCCUGCAAAGCAGGAAGUUUCUAAAGGACUGGGGUCAUCUGAUGGGACAUCAGGAGGCCUCUGUGGGGUGGUUUCUGGGGAACCAGAGGCAGGAACUGCCUGUGAAGGUGCUUUAGAGAAGCUGGAAGGGCAACCCUCAGAUGAGGAAGGGAGCAGACUGGAAAGUGACUUCUUCAAACUAACACACAAGGAUAAAGGUGAAUCCACAAAAGAUGGAUGUGAUGAAUAUAAGGAUCCAAAUCUGUCCUGUAGUGCUACAGAACAUCAGAGAGUUCUCAAGGGACAGAAAUUUUACCAGUGUGAUGAAUGUGGUAAAGCUUUCAAUCGGAAUUCGCACUUCAUUGGGCACCAGAGAAUCCAUACUGGAGAGAAACCCUAUGAGUGUAAUGAGUGUGGGAAGACUUUCAGGCAGACCUCUCAGCUCAUAGUUCAUCUCAGAACCCAUACAGGGGAAAAACCCUAUGAGUGCAGUGAGUGUGGAAAGACUUACCGACACAGCUCCCAUCUUAUUCAACACCAGAGACUCCAUAAUGGCGAGAAACCAUAUAAAUGCAAUGAAUGUGCUAAAGCCUUCACUCAGAGUUCCCAACUAAUUGACCACCAGAGAACCCAUACUGGAGAGAAACCUUAUGAAUGCAAUGAGUGUGGUGAGGCCUUUAUUCGGAGUAAAAGUCUCGUUCGACAUCAGGUACUUCAUACUGGUAAGAAACCUUACAAGUGUAGUGAAUGUGGGAAAGCUUUCUGUUCUAAUAGAAAUCUUACUGAUCAUCAGAGAAUCCAUACUGGCGAAAAGCCUUAUGAGUGUAAUGAAUGUGGCAAGGCCUUCAGUCGGAGUAAAUGUCUUAUUCGACAUCAGAGUCUCCACACUGGGGAAAAACCAUACAAAUGUAGUGAAUGUGGGAAAGCCUUUAAUCAGAACUCUCAACUUGUUGAUCAUGAGCGAAUUCAUACUGGAGAAAAACCUUUUGAAUGUAAUGAAUGUGGCAAGGCGUUCAGUCUCAGUAAAUGUCUUAUUCGACAUCAGAGACUCCACACAGGUGAAAAGCCCUAUAAAUGCAACGAGUGUGGAAAAUCCUUCAAUCAGAACUCACACCUCAUUAUACACCAAAGAAUUCACACUGGUGAGAAGCCUUAUGAAUGUAAUGAGUGUGGGAAGGUCUUUAGUUAUAGCUCCAGUCUCAUGGUACAUCAAAGAACCCAUACUGGGGAGAAACCCUAUAAAUGUAGUGAUUGUGGGAAAGCCUUCAGUGACAGCUCACAGCUCAUUGUACAUCAGAGAGUUCACACUGGAGAGAAGCCCUACGAGUGUAUUGAGUGUGGGAAAGCUUUCAGUCAGCGUUCCACUUUCAAUCACCACCAGCGAACUCACAUCGGAGACAAACAUUCAGGUCUGGCUCGCUCAGUUUCUUAAGGCAUGAUUUUCCAAGGAACUUUGAAUUAAGCUUUUAUUUAUAAGAAGGAUGCUCAUCCUGAUCUCUGAAAACUGCUCCUCAAAAUGUGCCAUUCUCUGCAUACUUUCUGGUGGGUCAUGAAGGUAGAAAAGUGCGAGUCACCGUGUAAUCCUUUCUCAGUCUUGGUAAAGUAAGGACUACACAUUUCAUGUACUUAUAAGUUCAUUUAUUCGUUUGUCCAUUCUUUCAUUGGAUUUGUUGAGAAAUCCAGUUUCUUAGUUAUGUAUCCCAUAAUCAGAUUGUGUGCUUCUCAAGGACAGAGCUUCUAUGUUUCUUAGUGUGCUACAUCUCCUCCAUUUUACCAUCUGCAUAAGUCACUUUCCAAGUCAGAUUCAUCUUUUCCUUUACUCUUGGCAAAGGUUCUCCCUAUAUAGAUUUUAAUUUUUUUAAUGUUUAUUUAUUUUUGAAGGAGAAAGACAGGGCAUGAGCAGGAAAGGGAGAGGGGCAGAGAGAAAGGGAGACACAGAAUCUGAAGCAGGCUCCAGGCUCCGAGCUGUCAGCACAGAGCCUGACGACGCAGGGCUCAAAUUCACGAGCUGUGAGAUCAUGACCUGAACCGAAGUCGGGUGUUUAAGCAACUGAGCCACCCACGUGCCCCAUCCCUAUAGAUUUUAAGCUUCCACAAUAAUCCAGACCUUCAUCACCUGUGUUCCCUAUCUAUAAAAACUUUUCUUCCUGUUUGCUAAUGUAUGUCCCUUAGAUCCUUUCAGAUCCCUCUAAUCACUAAAAGGCUUUCUUGAAAUCCUCCGUCAUCCUUCUUAAACAUCUAUUUUUUUGACCUUACUGCUUCCAAUUAGCUGGUGCUACAGCUGGUACAACUGUUGUUAAACUACCUUGUCAAUUAUUCUCAGUGUGUAUGUGUAUACUUUCAUAUCAACUUAUUGUAGGCCCUUUGAGGCUAGAUAUGAUAUGUAUUUCUUUUAGCAUAUAGAUAAUUUUCAUGUAGUAGUUGUUUAAUAAAUAAUUUUUAAAAACUCUGUUCUCUAGGUGGACCAUCCUUAAAUUGGGCCUGAUAUCCCUGUUCUCACCCCAACUAGAAGUAGAAGCUUCUAAAGAUGGAAGCAGCAUCUCAUUGUGGAAUAUCACAAAUGGGGGCCUUAUUGAGAACUUCCCCAUGUAUUCUGGACAUCUCACCACCAUUAUUUCCUUGUUGGUUUCUGGUACUUUAUUGUGUUUAGGAAGUUUCCUUCUAUUCCUGUUUUAGAAGAAGCAAGAUAGUACAGUAGUAUCCUACUCAAAUCCUAGUAUCCUAACUCAAAUCCUGGCUUACCACUCAUCUAGGGUAUGUGGCCCUGGCCAAGUCACUUAGCUUCCUUGUGUGUCAGUCCUUCCAUCUGUAAAUUAAAGCUAUGGUUGUGAGGAUAAAAUUAGUUCAUUAGUAAGUAUAAGGCAUUUAGAACAGUGCUUGGCACAUAGUACCCACUAUAGCAAUGAUUACACUUAGAGUUGCUAAAUUCUAUCAAGUUUUUUAAAAAUGUGUUGGUGUAUGUCAUCUAUUCUUUUUGUAAUUCAUAUUUUUUUGACAACCUUCCAAAUAAUUGAAGUUUCCUGGAAGUCCUGGAAUAAAAUCCAUUUGUUUGUGAUGAUUUUUUUUUUUUUUAAUGUAGAGAACUAGAUUUAAUUUACUAAGGUUUGGCUGGCUUUCCAAAAUGUAUAUGGAAAGUUUAUUUCUCUUUUGUUUUCUGAAAUAGUUUGCAUAAUGUGGGAAUUAUUCAUUGAAGGCUAAAAAUAGUGGCCAGAUCCUUUUUUGAGGAGGAGGUAAUUGGGAGGGACAUAUCUUUAGCAACAUUUUGAUUCUUCAGUGGUUGUACUCUUUAGAUUUCUCCCUCUGUAAAUUUUGGUAAUAUAUAUCCAGAAAUCAUUUUUACUGGACUGUUAAGUAGUGGCAUAAAGGACCCCCACUUUAUUUUUAAAAAUUAGUGUGAAUUUAUACCCAGGAGAUAGUUUAAGUGGUCAGAUAUGACAGUAAAGGUGCUAGGAGCUGGACACUUAAUCGUCUUACCUCAUAUGCACAUUAUCCUCUUACCUCUUAUGCACAGAAAGAAAAUAUUCCACACCUAUACUCUACAUCCCCAACCCUAAUUGUUCCGCUUUUAAAUCUAGCAGGAAAGGUCAAGAGACUAUGGGUACUAAAAAGUUACUGAGUUAGACAAUACUCAGUACCCAUUUCUGUACUAAAUGGGAAACAUUUCUGUCAAGGCAUUGACCUGCUAUGAAGGAUACUUUCAUGAAAACUUUCACUUCAUGAAAACCUCUAGUUGUUAGGGACAAAUUGUGAGUAUUCACAAGGUAGCUUUUGCUUAAUGGAAAAUAUCAUCCUCUGAUUCUAACGUUAGGACAUUUUCUAGCCUGAUGGGGCCUCAUGGAAGCACUUGUUCCAGCUGUAUAAAGAGAAGGUGUCAUGUCAGCUGGCUCCAGGUAACUAAUGGUACAACUAUUUCAUCUAGAAUAGGACAAUGUAGAUAUUCCUCACUGAACCACAAUAGUCUUCCCACUAAUGUAUGCACAGGGCUACGUAAGAUGAGGUACAGACCCCCUGUUAAGGCAUGUGAAUGCUUUACAUGAAACCACAGUAGGAAAGAACUGUGUGAUGACCCACCCCUUUUCUGACCUGUGGGUCUUCCUCAAGUGUUGCUUGGUUAGGAAUUGUUGGCUCAUUAAAAACAAUGAUAAUCUGAUAAUCUAACAGGCUUUUCCCCCAGAUCCCUUCCAGUUGCAUUGUCUUCUAUAUGGAUGAUACAUUUACAGAUACUCAGUUUCCCAACUGAAUGCCAACUUGGUGCCAUAUGGAUUGUGGAUGGAGAUGAACAGAGUCAAUAGUUAUCCAAUAUUUGGCUAUGGUGAGAUUAUUAGACAAAGUAAUCACAGGACAAUAUAUAUUCCCCUUAGACUGAAGAGGGAGUGGUAACCAUAGCUGCAUGCUCAGGGCCAUGGGGCACAAAUGUACAUGGUCAGCCUUUAGAUUGUAUACAUUAAUUAUAUACUUUGAGUCCCAUUUUGGAAAAAAUUGAAAAAUGUUGUAUCCCCUUACUGAGACUCUAUGUUGCUGUCUAUGUCUGUGACUGUCUAUGUUGCUUCCCAAGGGUGGAGGGGCCAAAACAAAUGCAAUUACAUCAUAACUGUAGCAGCCCUGGCAAGUCAUAGAGCAUGUCCUGAUGUCAAGAAGACACCACCAGUGAAACUCUCCAGUCAGCAUUCAGGCUGCUUUGGCAGUGAGCAAAAAUUGGUGACACUCAAGCUUUUCCUUGGGAACCACCACACUGGUGCCCUUAGGAUUUGGGAUGUAUGCGGUCUAUUACAGGGGCCAUUUAUGGAAAAGGUGGUCAUGGCAGCUGCCAUGGUGCUAAAUAUUAAACCACUAACAACUGUAUUCUCUGAGCUGUAUGUUUAUUAUGGACAUCUAUCCUAGUGAGCACUGGAGCAAUGAUAGUUGUGGUUUUUCUUUAAGAGACCUUAGAGAGCCACGUGGGAAAAACUAGACAAUUCACCUCGUCUCCGGGGUUCCCUAAGUUUUCUUCUGAGAGUGAACAUGUGGGAUACUUGAACAGUAGGAUCAGGAACAGCUGGGCAAUUCCCAACCGUCUGCCGGAAUAAGAGAAGUUGCACAUCUGGCCAGGGGCCUCUGAUUUGUCCAGAGCAAUAUGCUAAAGUCAAAGUUAAUGAACAGCUUGUAUUGGGGCAGAGGUAAAGGUGUGCCCCUACCUGCCCUGUCCCAAACAAGAAUCUUUAUGCACUCAUCUAUCAAUAGCACGUUUAUUUAUUCAUCUAUCAAUGGACACAGAUUGCUUCCAUAUCUUGGCUAUUGUAUAUAAUGCUACAAUAAAUAUAGGGGUGCAUAUAUCACUCGAAGUGAAGUAUCUUGAUCCUUUCUAACAGCCUGAGAGACCUAUAUUCAAAUAGGCUGAAUUUCCAAAGGGAAGCAUUGCAUUAUCACUAUUUUGACCAAUAAAGUAAGACCUGAAAAACUGGAUAUUGACUUCAUUUACCCAAAUAUGAGUUGGAAUUUCUUUAGCUGGCAAAUGUCAUGAUAAAGAUGGAAAUGCUGAAUAUUUAGGCAAUUGUAACCCUCAAAAUACCCUGAUUCUGAACAGUGAUGUCAUUUUGGACCGAGUGGAUAGAUUUUUGUCGGAAAAAAAGAAUACGCUUAUAGAUAAAGGCAACAAAUUGAAUGAGGGGCACUGAAAUUUGUAUUUCUUUUAAGUUUAUUUAUCUUAGCACACACUAGCAGGGGAGGAUCAGAGAGAGAGAGAGAAUCCCAACCAGGCUCCACACUGACAGUACAGAGCCCAAGGUGAGGCUUGAUCCCAUGAACUGUGAGAUCAUGACCUGAGCUGAAAUCAAGAGUCAGAUGCUUGGGGUGCCUGGGUGGCUCAGUUGGUUAAGCGUCCAACUUUGGCUCAGAUCAUGAUCUCGUGGUUCAUGAGUUCAAGCCCUGCAUCAGGCUGCCUGCUGUCAGCACAGAGCCCACUUCAGAUCCCCUGUCCCCCUAUGUCUGCUCCUCCCCACUUCUCAAAAAUAAACAUAAAAAAAAAAAAAAGAUGCUUAACUGAUGGAGCCACCCAGGCACCCCUGGAACUUGUAUUUUUAACAUGGGUCCAACUGAUUCUUAUGCUUUCUAAAAUUUGAGAACAACUGGGCUAGAAUAUUAAGGAGAGUAAUCAUUACCUCCUGGGACCAAAUGUAGAGUUACCAUGUUGAAUCAGAAUUAAUGACCCCUCCCUCAAAUAAAAGAAUACAUGAAAAGUUAGACUUAAUUGGUCAUAACUGUCUUAAUGUACAUGAAUAUUUUUCUUAAGUGUUUCUUGAUAUUGUGACAAUAGUGUCAUGGACCUGAGUUUUACGUCCAGGAUCAACUAGGGGGCAUGAACUUGUGUAAGUCUUAUCAUUUCUCUGAAUCUCUGUUUCUCAGUCUCCUUCUUGAAAUAUGGCAGGGUUGCUGUUUCACCUACAUGAGCUAAUGGAUAAGAGAGCUCCUGGUACACUCUUAUUCCAACUGCCUGUUUGACAUUUUCACUUGGAUGUCUAGUUGACAUCUUUCACUUAACACAUCCAAAAUAAAACUAUUGAUCCCUUUCCCUAAAA